AUGUCAACUCCAAGCACCCCUAUCGAACAACGAUGGCAAGACAAGACACACGAUGCAGUGGAGCCCACCACGCCGGACGUCGACAACGCGUCCUCCCCGGAGCAAGAUGUCGACGACGACGAUCCAACGUCUUUGUCCAACAACGACAGGCUCGAGUGGUUUGAUGCGAGUCCGGACCUCGAGGAAUGCUGCACUGCAAACGGUCUCACACGGAAGCAGUUUGCCCGGCGGGGGGACCGCGUGACGUCGAUCGAGAUGUUCCUCGGGUUUUGGGAAUCCAUGAAGUCGGUGCAGUACUUUGGGAUGCUCCAACAGUUAUCGAUAGUCAAACACCCCACGAUCACAGUGAUUGAAGGUCUGGAGAGCUGUCCACUGCUCGAAAACCUCCGCAUCAUCGAGUGCGGCCUCACACGCAUCUCAAAUCUCGACGCGUGUGCCAAGUUGACGCAACUCAAUCUCAGUUCGAAUUCCAUUUCGAAAAUUGAACACCUGUCGAGCCUGACGUCGCUCCAAGUGCUGUGGCUGAACGACAACCAGAUUCGACACGUUGCCGGGCUCAGCGCGUGCGUCCAACUCAAGCAGCUCUGGCUUGCUAAGAACGAUAUCGAGACGCUCGAGACCGGGCUCGACGCGAACAAGGCGCUCGAGGAAAUCAAUCUUGCCGCGAACAAACUCAGCUCGUUUCAAAUGCUACAUGGCUUGAAUAAACUCCCCGCGCUCCGGUCCCUCAGUCUGAGCGACCCCCACUACGGCGACAACCCCGUGUGCCGCCUCUGCAACUACCAGACGUACCUGCUCUGCCAACUUCCCGCGCUCGCCUACCUCGACACGAUCGAGCUCACGUCGACCAAUAAACAGGUCGCCGACACGACGCUCAUCAAGAAGCGCAUGUACUACAACAUGCGUAUCAAAACGAUCAAGCGCAACGUGACCAACUGCGUGCGCAAAGCCCGGUCGUGCUUCGCGGACAACCUCAACUACGCCAACUUCAACCUGAACGCACUCAUGCGCGAGCUCAGCGACUUGGAGAAGGAGCUCCAGGCCGAGCGCGCAUCGUCGUUCCAGCUGUACCCGCCAGGAUCUCUCGUUACGAAACGAGAUUGCAUUUCCCAAUACAUCCAACAAAAGAUGCGCGUCGUCCAUGCCAUGACGUCGGCGUACGAUGCGCUCGUGACCAAGCUCGCCUUGCUGAGCGAAAAAACGGUUCGGCGGCUCGUGUUGGAGCUCAAUACGGGAGGGAAUAUCCGCGUCGAAGAUGGGACCGCCGCCGAUGUUUGGUACACGAGCUGCGUCGACUUGCUCAAGUCGCGGGCGUUCGUUCACGACCUCAGCAUAUUUGGCGUCAAGGAGCUCAAGGUUCUCCGCGUGGCUCGGAUCAACAACCGAUUUCUGCGCAAUCGAUUUCAAGAGCGCAUGGACGAGCUCUUGGACGGCCCCGACGAACAGGUCAAGGAAAAUGUCAGCAAGCGAGGCGUCACAGUCAAGGAUUCCAAGGACGAUGGCACGGUGGAGAAGGUCGCGGCCAUCGGGAAAGACGGUGUGUCCUUGGAAAAUUCGCUCGAGUACUUGUUCUACGCACAGCCACCAAUCUUGGAUCACAUGGUGCCCACGGGCCAUGGCGGCAUCGCGGGGUCUCGCGGGAUGCGCGAACAAGAGUAUGCAGUCGAGUGCGGACUACGCUCUGUCGACGCAUACGCGGGAGUAUCGGACGGUGGAAUCAAGCUGUCAAAUUCUCUGGCGACGUUGGAUCUCUCACGCCUUGCCACCGCGCUUCACGUAAAAGGCACGGGACACGUUGACCCGAUCGAGGUCGCGAACUUCGACGCGUUCGGAUGGGAGUCGCCAGGGGAAUUGACGUUGCCGAUGCGCACGGCCCUUCGCCGUGCCAUGACGGGCGAAUUCUGCUACCAAACAGGAAUGGUCUUGAUCGCCAAAGUGUUUCUAGGCCAUACGCGGCACGUCUCGAGCGCGGCUACGGUGUCCCAGGUCCGCUGCGACGGCAAAGUCGGCGAGCUACAGUGCUUGCAGGUCUCGAAACCCACCGACCCCAAGCAAAAGUGCUAUUACGUCUUGGAUUCGGCACUCAUCUUGCCAGAGUACUUGGUCGAGUACGAGUACAGGUGUUUGGACGCCGCAAGUCAGCUGCUGGGCCAGAGUGUCCUGCUGCAGAGUUCUGCAAGAUCUUCGCCUCCGACGACCCCCCUGGACGACGUGGCUGCCAAGCCCACGACAGUGUCGGACGAGGCCCUACACGACAUGGGCGAAGCGAUUGCGCUCACUGAAGCGUUCGAAACAACGUACAAGCUCACGUUUACCGAGCCGCUGUUGGAACAGCACUUGCUCGAGGAAAAGGCCAAGGCAUUGAUUCAAAUGGAGCCGUCCAUCGCUCGCAAGCACGCGAUGGGGCUCAGCCACGCCAUCACCCCAUCUUUUCUCCUCGAGACAUCGAGGCAGAAGGGGGAUCUGUCGGCCAUCUGCGACCUGAACUUGACGAGUUGUGGGCUCAAGUCGCUCCAAGGGUUUAAAGCGUGCAACUUGGGAAACCUGGAGCGGCUCGUGCUGAGCUUCAACGAGAUCCGGCGCAUCGAGGGCUUGGACGGUCUCGUGGCGCUGAAAGUUCUCGACCUCGGGUACAACAUCCUGCGCAGCCUGGACAACGUCGGCAGCCUCGCCAACCUCAAUUCGCUCUUGCUCAACAACAACUUGCUCUAUCGGUUUGAAGACGUUCGCGCUCUCGGCCACCUGCAAAUUCAAAACUUGGACUUGCGGAACAACGCCCUGUGCGACGCCAAAAGAUAUCGCCUCCAUGUCAUUCAGCGGCUGCCGCAGCUCACGACGCUCGACAUGGCCACCGUGACACGACUCGAGUUAAAGACCGCGAUGGAAUUGACCACCGAGCUUACCCCUCUGAAGAUCUGGACGUGCUCACGAGGGAAUCAGUUGCGCAGCACGCAUGCAUUCUUGUCGGCGCUUGAUAUCUUCCAAGCGCAGUAUUUGAACCGGCCAUCGUCGACAAGUGGAGGAAAUCGCGGCAACAAGGACAACGACUGGAACGGGACCACCGCGUUCGACGAAGAUGGCCCUUGGUGGGCCGAAGUGGACGAGCUGCACGUGAACCACGAACUCCUGACCAAAUUGAGUCAGUUGGAGAAGCUCACCCAACUCCGGGUUGCGUCCUUCUCCGACAACGACAUCUCGUACAUCGACGGCCUCAGCGCUUGCGUUCGCCUGGAGGAACUGGAGCUGGACAACAACCAGAUCACAACGAUCGAGAACUUGGAAACGCUGGUGCACUUGCGCGUGCUCGACUUGGGCAAAAACAAACUCACGUGCAUGAAAAACCUCGACGCGCUCGUCAACUUGAAGCAGCUUUCACUUGAGGACAACGACAUCACGUCACUGCAAGGGCUAACGCACUUGGUGCGGCUCAUGGAGCUCUACAUCGGAAACAACCAUAUCUCGAACCUCAAGGAGAUCUUGCACUUGAAGUCAUUGCCCAAGCUCAUCAUUGUCGACUUCUCUGGAAAUGGAUGCUGCGCCGAUGACGAGUACCAGCUGUACACGAUCUACAACUUGCGGCGAGUGAAGGUGCUCGACGGCACGAGUGUGACGGCGGAGCUCCAAAACGAAGCCAAGCAAGCGUACAGCGGGAAACUCACGACGGAUUUUUUGACUGAAAAGAUCGGCAGUUCGUUCAGUCGAAUCCAGGAGAUGGAGCUGUCGAGUUGCCGCAUUCGCGAGAUUGGGUCGCUCCAUGGGGACGUUUUUGUCAACCUGAAGGACCUGAACCUCGAAAACAACUUGAUCUCGGACAUCUCGGGCCUCGAGAAGCUGCCCAAGCUUCGCGUGCUCAAUUUGAAUUGCAAUAAGAUCGACCGGUUGCACAGCGCUGGCCCUGGCACUGGCAUCCUAGCGUGCCCCAAGCUCGAAAAUUUGCACCUGGCCAAGAACCUCAUCACAGACAUGCUGCUCCUGGGUCUCCAGCACCUUGCCGACUUGAAGGUGCUGAAUUUGGAGUCGAACGACAUCACGGGCAUCGCAGGGUUGGCGUCGUCGAGGGAGCUCAAGGAGCUCUACCUGAGCAAAAACAGAAUCCGCCAGUUCGAACCACCCCCAGGGUUGUCCCUGCCCAACUUAGUAGUGCUCAAGUUGGACGAUAACAGCCUCCGAUCCCUCAUCAACUUUUACUCGCUCCAGCGCCUUCAGACCCUCGACAUGUCCAACAACCGGCUAGCUGACAUGGAAGAGAUCGAGCGGCUGCACUUUGUCGUGCCGCUCUUACAAGAGUUGUCGAUUCAAAACAACCCCGUGAGCAAGCGCCACCUCGCCCGGUCCACGAUUGUGUUUCGAUAUCCGUCGCUGAAGACGCUAGACGGGAAGGACAUCACGCUGGAAGAGCGCGAGCGCGUCGAGGUCUUGUUCAUGCACGACCGAAGUAUGGUCAACCCAGCGUUGCCGAUGAACGUCCAAACUCCCGCCAUGCCAGCGUCCAGCAAAACGAGUGUUAAACUGACCGCGAUGAGCUUCGAUUCACUCGCGGGCAGCCAGCGGCGCAAGGCGGUCCAUUCGAGCAACAACGGCGUGACUUUGUUGCCCCAAAUGCCCCAGCCAUUGCCGUCGCAGCCGCCGCCGUCGUCGACCCGCGACGAAAAGGACAAACGCGAUGCGCUCGACUCGAAAGAAGACAGGAAAAAGCUUUUGCCAGACGCUGUCCUGACCAACAACGCGAUGCUCCAUGGCGGACUCAACAACUCGCUCAGCACCAGUUUUGCAUCGUUUAGCCAGACAAAGAGCCUCACUCGACCAGGCGACGCCAUAUACAGCACGACGAGCCCCCUUCCCCCCCAGAAGACGACUUACUUAGCCCAGCCCACCGGCCACAUCUUCAGCUCCCGAGGAACGCCAGGGCGGAGCGGGGCACCCAAGUAG